UGUAUGUGUGUGUGUGUGAGAGAGAGAGUGUGUGUGUGUGUGAGAGCUGAAUAAAGACAGUAAGGCGGACAGGAGCGCUGCGGGAGUGUGCGGGGCUCGCGCCUAAUCACGCGCUCAUCAUCACGCAGUCAGUGUCACACACGUGAGUUAUGAGGAUCAGCGCGGUGUGAGUGUGUGUGUGUGUGUGUGUGUGGAGGCUGACAGGCCGUUGCGGGAACGUUAACGCAGAGAACAGGAACAUCAGUGAUCAGAGAGAGAGGUCAGUGUGUGUGUGUGUGUGUGUGUGUGUGUGUGUGGAGGCUGACAGGCCGUUGCGGGAACGUUAACGCAGAGAACAGGAACAUCAGUGAUCAGAGAGAGAGGCGUGGUCAUGGCGGCGUGUGGCUCCGACUCGGUGCACUACAUCCGUCUGCAGAACGCUAGUGAGUGUGUGUUAGAGUCUCUGCGGUCCCAGCGGCGCGACGGGGUGUUCUGCGACGUGACGGUGCGGAUCCAGGACGCGUCCCUGCGCGCUCACGCCUGCGUACUGGCGGCUGGUAGCCCCUUCUUCCAGGACAAGCUGCUGCUGGGCCACUCGGAGAUCAGCGUACCGCCCCUGGUGCCGGCCGACGCCGUGCUGCAGCUGGUAGACUUCCUGUACAGCGGCUCCAUGGUGCUGCUGCGCUCUCAGGCCCUGCGCAUGCUCACUGCCGCUAGCAUCCUGCAGAUCAAGAGCGUCAUCGACGAAUGCACACAGAUCAUCUCUGCCUCUGCCAAUCACAAACAGGCUGCCGCCGCCGCCGCAGCGGCAGCCGCCGCCAAAGGCCGGACCACUGAGGAGGGCGGGGCCGUGGGAGGAGCCAUGUCUGGGUUUGGGUACACCAUGGAAGAGUGCGGUGAUGUCACGACCGAGAGCACGGAUCAGCCAAGUGCACACUUCAUCUCACAACAUCAAGCAGGACUCCAGACAGGGGCAGGGCAGGGGGAGGCGGCCUCUCUGGAAGCAGGCGGAGUUGGCAGGAUGAUGCCCCCUCUCGGUGACCUGAUGUGCAGAGGGGAGGGGCUUGGUGCAUCAGGGGGCGGGGCAUCGCUGAAGCCUGUGAGCUGUCCUCAGGAGAUCCAAAGCUACAUGCUGAACCAGAAUGCUGAGAGAAGCACCGCACAGAACCAGAGCCAUAACCGGGUGGAGUCAGGCCACACCCCCAUAAACAACCCCGCCCCAAUGGUCAGGGACAGCCUGCGUGGCAGUGGGGCAGGGUUUGUGGGCGUGGCCGAGGAGCUGCCUGUGGGGAUGGAGAGAUUCAGUGAGGGGGAGGAGCUGGAGGACAGAGGGAGAGACGGAGAGAGAGACAGGGGGGCGGGGCAUAGCCGCAAACAGAGACAACCCCUGCGGUUACAGGUGAUGGGGCCAGAGCAGGUGGUGGUGGUGAAGGAUGAGGAGAAUCUGCAGGAGGGAGAAGACCUGUUUCAACUGGAUGAGCGACAGGACACGGCACACACACAGGCACACGCACAAAGCUACAGCCAGGCAGGGUUUUAUGAAGAGCAGAAUGUGUACGCUGGAGGUUUUUGGCCGCAGACUGAUGCUUCUCAGGCUCUGGUGUCGAAUCCUCGUUCCCGUGGCAACAAACCACUGUCCCCGCCUACUUCCUCUCACAUCAAUAAUCAGAUGCUCUUUCAGUAUCCUGUCAGCGAAUCACAGCCCUCCUCCUUCUUUGUGGGAGGAGCUAUGGCAAUAGACAGCAUGCCAGAGACGUGCCAGCCGGCCCCGCCCCCACCACCGAUGACCCCGGCCCCACCUCCUCCGGCCCAGGCCUGCGUCGCAGGUCCAAGUUUUACGGCUCAGGGAUCGGAAACGUCAUUUGACUGCAGCCACUGUGGCAAAUCCCUGCGAUCGCGCAAGAACUACAGCAAGCACAUGUUUAUACACUCCGGUCAGAAGCCCCAUCAGUGCAGUAUCUGCUGGCGUUCGUUCUCUCUGCGCGACUACCUGCUGAAGCACAUGGUGGUGCACACGGGUGUGCGAGCGUUUCAGUGCAGCGUGUGCAGUAAGCGCUUUACGCAGAAGAGCUCGCUCAACGUGCACAUGCGCACUCACCGCGUAGAGCGCAACUUCUCCUGCAGCGUGUGUAACCGCGCCUUCACGCACCGCACCCUGCUGGAGCGCCACGCCCUCCAACACCAGCACCCUGCCCCGCCUAUCAAACCCCCGACCAAUCAUGGAGCCAUGGGUGGAGCAGGUGGCGCUGGGCCCGCCCCCUAGGGGCCAAACUGGGAACUCGGGGUGGACGCCGCUAGUAAUGAUUACCGUCAUAAUAAUUACUUAAUAAUAAUAAUAAUAAUAAUAAUAAUAAUAAUAAUAUUGAUAACAGCUCACACACCACAGUGGGCAUGUCUUUAAGUCCAUAUAAGGACAUUGCUAGCUGACAUGCUAGCAUAAUGAGAUUUCUGAGAGGGAUGGUAUAAUGUUAAUUUUCUUUAUCUGGAGUUAAACUAACAUAAUCUAUAACAAUUUUAUUACAAUUCUACCUACAAGUCUACCAGACGCACGCAAAUCUGACGAAACUUUUAUAUAAUCUUUAAAAAAUUGAUAACCUUCUUAAACCAAGUUAGCUAACCUUUAGCUAGCUAACACGGCACAAACCAGACAGGAUUCACGCGGAGAGUUUUUUAAAUAAUCUUUAGCACUAAAGUUAGCUAACCUUUAGCUACGCUAGCAGGCUUUAAUCAAUGCUAGUUGUCAAUGUUAGCUAAAAUCGCUAAAUAUUCAUUAGCUGAAACGGGCUAUCCUUGAGUCACACGCUUGCUAAUAUUCAGCGCUAGCUAGUUUAGGUAACGUUGGCGCAAACGUUUUAAACUCGUAUGUGGUCUCAAAGACACGCCGCAUAUUUUAUGACUAUAUAUAAAUAAGGAUAUAAAUUUGAAUAUGUUUGUUUAUGUAAAUGAGGAAUUUAUGAAUAUGAAUCUAAGAUUCUGCAGCCUGAGCACUUGAACGUCGAGUGUGUGUCACGUCCACCCCGAGUGUGUAAGUGAGAAAUAACACAACAACAACGUGAAUAUGAUUUACAAUCAGAAUUUCAUUCAGGACACACACAUGCACGCGCACACACACAUGCACACACGGUGUGUUCUUGAUAGUCAGCGCUGUAAUGUUGGUGUCAUGGCCACGCCCCUUAGUGCCAGAGUUAUGAUACUAGCUAACAAAAAAGUACUGGCGCCUUUUGUGACGCUCGGAUCGCCACUCUAUUUCAUUGUCGUUAUUUAAACCGGACCUCAUGCUAACUCAUCAGAGUACGCUGCUACGACUUAUCCUCCCUCCCCUCCCCCCGCUACACACAAUAACCCAUAUGAUGAAUCCUGAAUGACUGUGUGUGAAGCCCCGCCCCUUCCCUCAGUCUCACAUUAGCGAUGCGGUGAAUAGAGAGGUUUUCUAGCUUCAUCCCUGAUUGUUACGCAGUGCUGAGACUGGAGACUCCUUCCGUCUCACCUCAGGAAGCGUCAUGUCCCCGAUCCCCCAGGCUUCUUAACCAGCUUCAUAAUGAUUUAGCUUGCUAAUUAACAGAGCGAUAGCGUGUGCUCUCUUGGCAGCCUGUAUAGGGCACUUGAGACUGCUGGAGUCUGGCCAUGUCUCUGAUGUUACAGAGGAGUGACGUGAAAAAGAACCGUCUCACACCAUCAGAACACACCUCUCUCUCUCUCUCUCUCUCUCUCCCCUCUCUCUCUUUCUGUCUCUGUGUCUC